AACAGCUUAAAUACUCGACUUCGCUUUCUUUUGGAACCAAACCAACAGGAGUUGGAAAGCUGACAAGCUGUACACAAUCCGCGCCUCCUAUUCACUUAACCUCAGUGAGAGAGAGAGAGAGAGAGAGAGAGAGAGAGAGAGAGAGAAGACUACGGGAAACCAAGAAAAAAAAUGAAGCUGAAAGUGUACGCGGAUCGGAUGUCCCAGCCGUCUCGGGCCGUUAUUAUCUUCUGCAAGGUUAAUGGUAUAGACUUCGAGGAAAUCAAAGUGGAUCUGUCCAAACGCCAGCACUUGUCUGCAGAGUUCAAAGAAAUAAACCCUAUGGAGAAAGUUCCAGCUAUUGUUGAUGGAAGAUUUAAAUUGUUUGAGAGUCAUGCGAUUCUUAUCUAUCUUGCUUGUGCAUUUCCUAGAGUCGCAGAUCACUGGUAUCCGGCUGAUGUUUCCAGGAGAGCGAAGAUCCACUCAGUAUUGGAUUGGCAUCACUCUAAUCUACGGCAGGCCGCAGCCUCGUUUGUUUUUAAUACCGUUCUGGCACCAGCACUUGGGUUUCCCCUGAAUCCACAAGCGGCUUCUCAAGCCGAGAAACUUCUAUCCUCAUCUCUGUCAAAAAUAGAGUCCAUUUGGCUCAAGGGGAAUGGACGCUUCUUGCUGGGUGGCUUUCAACCAUCCAUAGCGGAUCUUAGCCUCAUUUGUGAGAUUAUGCAACUAGAGGUUUUGGAUGAGAAGGAUCACAGCCGUAUACUAGGCCCACACAAGAAAGUUCAGCAGUGGAUUGAGGAUACAAGAAAUGCAACAAGACCUCACUUUGAUGAAGUACAUACCAUCCUCUAUAAAGCCAAGUCAAAACUCGCAGUGCAGCGCUCAGUGCGUGCAAACAGUGAGACAGAGCCUAGCAUAAGAAAGUUGCCUUCAAAGAUGUGAAAACCAUGUUGCUGUUUAUUAAGCAUUGUAAAUGUCAUAGUUUACAAGAUUGAGCAUUGUACAAAGAUAAUGUAAUAAAACUCUUUAGGAUUUUUAAUGUGGAUCAAGGCUAUGAUUGGCAUUGAAAAUGUGAACUAGAAACCAGCAGUUUCGCCUGGUGGGUCACAAAUGCCUGACUUAUCAAGUUAUCCAGCAAAUUACAAGGAGUUCAUGUGAAAUAAUGUAAAAUUUAUUUUAG